UACUGCCAUAAAAACAUGGCGGCUGCCUGUGUUCCCGGUGUUGGUGUAAACAAUGACAAUAAUAUUUGUUAAAUCAAUGCAUUUUGCUUGUUUUAUAACAACUGCACCAGGAUGAAACAAUGGAAUAAAAUAAUUUCUGUGUAUAUGUUUAUUUCUUUAUGUCUACUAUGUUCACUGUAUGAUGUAUAUACUUAUCCCGAAGAUGAAAUCCCAGAUUUUUUUCAAACCGGCCACACAAACAACUGGGCUGUUCUUGUGUGUACUUCCAGAUUCUGGUUUAAUUACCGCCAUGUCUCAAACGUUUUAUCUAUAUACAGAAGCGUUAAAAGACUUGGUAUUCCAGAUAGCCGUAUAAUUCUGAUGUUGGCUGAUGAUAUGGCAUGCAAUCCUCGUAACCCACGAGCAGCUACAGUUUUCAACAAUGCUCAUCAUCAUAUAAAUGUGUAUGGGGAUGAUGUAGAAGUUGAUUACAGAGGAUAUGAGGUUACUGUUGAAAAUUUUAUCCGGCUUUUAACAGGGCGAUUAUCUCCAAGCACACCAAGAUCAAAGCGAUUAUUAUCAGAUGAACACAGUAACAUUUUGAUUUAUAUGACAGGGCAUGGAGGUGAAGGAUUUCUAAAAUUUCAGGAUUCGGAAGAGAUUACUAAUGUUGAACUUGCUGAUGCUUUUGAGCAGAUGUGGCAGAAAAAAAGGUACCGGAACAUUUUUUUUAUGAUUGACACAUGUCAGGCUGAAUCCAUGUUUCAACGCCUUUACUCUCCCAACAUAUUAGCUAUUGCCAGUAGUAAGAUUGGAGAAGAUUCACUUUCUCAUCAUGGAGAUCCUACAAUUGGAGUGUAUGUUAUAGACAGGUACACCUAUUACGCUUUGGACUUUUUAGAGAAAGUGAACAAAGGUAGCACUCGAACAAUGGGCCAGUUUCUUCAAGUCUGCCCUAAAAGAGCUUGCAUAUCUACAGUGACUUCUAGAAAAGAUUUAUUUCCAGCAAAUCCAGAUAAUGUUUUGCUGACCGAUUUCUUUGGAAGUGUUCGAAAUGUGGAGCUGACUAGGUAUACCAUAAAUUUGCCACCCAUGUUGAAUCAAACAGCGAAUUUUUCAGAAAUACGGCAUUUUCGCUAGUAGAGUGCAGAAAUGCUCAUCCCAUCAAGUUGUAUUUUACAAACGAUCAAAUUGUCCGAGUUAUCUUGGUGAAUUCAAUUAGAGGAAAUACCUGGAAGGAAAGCAAAAAGACUAUUUUGAAGAGAUUUUAAAGUAGAUAGUUGAACAGUAUCCACUGGCUGUUAAAAUGUAAAUAUUGUCGUUUGAUU